GAAAAGCCGCAGGCAAAAUGUCUCGCCGGAGGCAGGAUGGCUCCGACUCCGACGGCGAGGACGACAGCUUCCUCUACCGCUACCCGCUCCCCUCCGCCACCGCAUCCGCCGCCUCGGGGCCUUCCUCCCAUGGAGGCAAGCCUGGGAGGGGCGGCAGCGGCGGCUCGGGCGGCCUCGCGCCGUCCAAGUCGACGGUGUACGUGUCCAACCUCGACUACGCGCUCACUAACUCCGACCUCCACACCCUCUUCUCCCGCUUCGGCCGCGUCGCCCGCGUCACCGUCGUCAAGGACCGCGAGUCCCGCCGCAGCCGCGGCGUGGCCUUCGUCCUCUUCGUCCGCCGCGAGGAUGCCGCCGCCGCCGCGGCCGAGAUGCACGGCAAGGUCCUCAACGGCCGCACCCUCUCCGCCUCCAUCGCGGAGGACAACGGCCGCGCCGCCGAGUUCAUCCGCCGCCGCGUCUACCGCGACAAGUCCCGCUGCUACGAGUGCGGCGAGGAGGGCCACCUCUCCUACGAGUGCCCUCGCAACCAGCUCGGGCCCCGCGAGAGGCCGCCGCCGUCUAAGAAGUCGCGGCGCGGUGGUGGAGGCGGAGGCAGCGGCGGCGGCGGUCACGGGGCUUCCUGGCAGUCGGACGAUGAGGAUAGCGCUACGGCGUUCGAGGACGAUAGGUGGGCGUCAGUGGUGGAUACGAGAGGGGAGGAGGAGAAGGCAGCUGGGAAGGACCAGGGGAAGGCGCUGAAGAAGGAGAAGAGAAAAGGCUACUUCAGCGACGAGAGUGAUGAGGAUGAGGACUGAGUUUCAGUGUAUGGUUCUGGCGUUCUUGUGUUAUGUGAGAUUGUAGCUUCUGUAUACUAGGUUUCCUGAAAUUUCAUGAGUUAAUUGAUGAAUAAUUUCUUGCAGCAAACUUAUUGUCAUCUGCAUUGCCAUAUUUAUGUGCCUUCUAAGCUUAUUAAUUUUGAGCAAUAUUGUUGCUUCGGUUAGCUCGCAUG